UUGAAAGUGCUUUUCGAAGCUUUCACAGAACUUUUGAAAGAUUAUAAAGAUAGAAAAAAACUUGUGGAAGCUUUCAGAAAAUUGAAACAACAGCUGACAAAAUAUCAAAGAAUUUUGAUCAUUAACAGACGUGAAAUGAAGUUGAGCAUUUUUAUAUUAAUCGUUUACAUUUUUUCAUCUCAAGCUUUCCCGAUUGUUGAUUUGAUUGAGGGUAUCGUGGAAGAUUUAGCAGAUAUUUCUAAAUCAGCAGUAGACAAUUUUGGUGCCUUUUUGGAUGAUGCGUCAGAAAGAAUUCAGGAAAAUAUUGACCAAGGAAGUCAAGUGAUUGAUCCAAACAAUGGGAAUGAUAAUAGUGGGAGUGGUACUAAUGGACUUAUAGACAUUAUUGAUGGUGCAAUCAAUGGAGAUAUAGUAAAUGACGUAGUUGUCGAUCCAAAUGCGAUAAAUGAUCAAGUUGUAGAUGUUAUACCUGAUCAAGAUCCUACUAAUGGAACUGACGAAACAAACAUAGAUCCAAAUUCAAAUAAUGAUAAUAAUUCAGCGGUUGACAAUCAAGAACCUACACGAAGACGAGGAUUUGGACAACGUGCUAGAAAACGAAUAAGAUCGUUCUUUGAUUUUGGACGACGAACUUUUAAUGAUUUCUUUUCAUUGUUUUAAUUUAAUGAGAUUAGAAAAAUUGCUUUUUAAUCAUGAUUUUAUAAAAUGUAAUUUAUUCGGAAAUAAAUUUAAAAGUAAUGAAACGACACACGAAAA